AUGUCUUCCUCCCCUCCUCCCGAAUCCCCCGAGGAGGCGACGACGACGACGACGACGACGACGACGACAGCACAACCCCCCGUGCCUGGAGCUGCAUCCACGCCCAACGAGUCGGCCGUCGACUCCGCACAGACCACCACCGCCACUUCCAGACGUGACGGGAACGACGACGACGGAGAGAACAAGGAUGUCGACAAGAACAAGGAUGUCGACAAGAACAAGGAUGUCGACAAGAACAAGGACGUCGACAAGAACAAGGACGUCGACAAGGACAAGGCCAAGGCCGCUGGCGGCGGCGGAAGCAGCAGCAGCGGCCGGCCGUCACCCGCGACCCCCAGACACGCCCACCAGCGUCGGCGCUCCAGCAUGUCAACGCCGAGGAAGCCCGUCGAGCCACCCACCCUGCUGUCCGACUUCCUCAGGGGCCGCCCCUCGCCCGCCCGCCGUGCCGCCGAGCGGGAGCGCAGGAGGAGCGUCGAGGCUGUCAAGGCGGAGCUGCGCCAGGAGAUGCGUCAGAGUGCCGUCCAAAAGGUCGCGCCCCCCGGCGGCGUCAAGGACCGUGUCAAGGCCUGGCAGAAGGCCAACGCCGCCGUCGCAUCCGCCAACCCGGACGACACCGCCACCGAGCCCACCGACCUCGCCUUUGCCGGGAACGACGCCCUCGAUAGCGUCACCGAGGAGGACAGGAUCCGCAUAAAGAUGCGCCACAGGAGGAAGAACUCGCUCAAGUUGAAGAAGCAGCAGCAGCAGCAGCAGCAGCAGCAGCAGGCCUCCACCGCCGGCACCCCCGCCAAUCCAUCCGCCUCGGCCGCCUCCCCCCUCCUCUCCCCCUCCCUCUCCCCCUCCCCGAGACCUAGCCAGGAAGCCUCGGCGAUAGACCGGUCCGGGUUCCACCCCAAGAAGAGGGUCGUCAGUGAUGACAACUGGAUGAAGAAGAAGACGGGCGCCAAGGGCACCCAGAGGCGCGUCUCGCCGCGCGCCAAGCGCAACGCCUCCCCCCCCCGCGGCCAGCCCCUGCCCAAGGACUUCACCCUCCGCACCCUGCCCACCCCCCGGGUCGCCAGCAGGACGAGAGACUGGGCCGAGAAGCUCGAGGCCUCCGCCGCCCCACCCCCGCCACGCAUCUUCCACCCGGCCCGGAGCGUCUUCUCCGACGGCGCCGGGACCGAGACGGACCUCGGAAGCGAGGGCACCGCCACGUCCAGCCGCAUAACCGCCAGGCUGUCGCUGCGCCCCAAGCAGCCGGGCACGAGCGACAGCGGCAUCCGGAUCAAGGCCGUCAGGAGGAAGAGGACCAGCACCGACGACACGGCCACCAGGGUCAGCGCCGUGACGAGCUCGUCGCUGCAGGACAGCGCCCUGGCCUACGAGACGGCCGUCUCCGUCAGCAGCUCGCCCCCCGCCACCGGCCUCGGCCGCCGGAGGAGCAAGACCCUACCUUCUACAGCCACGCGCCCCGACAUCAGGGUGACGCCCGCCGAGCCAUCGGCGCCGUCGGAGACGACCGCCUCCAAGAAGCCAGACGAUGACGAGGCUGUCCGCCUCGACGACCAGGGCUCCGCCACCCAUGCCCCCGCAACCCAUGCCCCCGCAAGGCGCGAGAGCAGGAGCAAGAGCCCGCGCCCCUCCCGUUCACGUCCCGGCACCAAGAAGCGGUCCAGGAGCACCCACGCCGGCGUGACGAGGACCCGCGACGACGACUCCUGGAUCGACGACGGCGCCUCGGCCGUCAACGCCUCCCAGCUCCUCUCCGAGCUGUCCGUCGCGAACCGGUCCAUCGCCGACCUGCCGGGCGAGAUCCCCUUUGGCAACUCGGCCUUCACAGAGCUGGACCUGCCCCUGAACGGACCGGCCCGUAGCCGUCCGAUACGUCCCAAGGUGGAGCAGAGCGGCGGCGGCGGCUUCAAGGGGAUCCCCAACGUCCUCAAAAAGGUCAUGGGCGAGGGGAGAAAGAUGAUUCAUGAGAUAAACGAACCCCCGCGGCCGCCGCCGGGAUCCAACAAGCCUCCUAGUAUCGAAAAAUGGCUCAACAAUACCGUCGAUCCUUUUGUCGACGCCGCCCAGGCGGAGACUGCAACGACGGCGACGGAAACCGCAGCAACUACGGUGACGACGACAGCGACGGCGACAGCGACGACGACGACGACGACGGCGACGACAGCAACAACGCCCAGGAUACCCAAGAGGGCAGAGACGCACAGGAGUGCGGAACCGACGACACCGCAGCCGGAAACGCCGACGCCAAAGAAGAGGACAUCGCCGCUGCCCCGGGAAAGGACUGCGUCGCCAGACGUGGCCAAGCGUCCGAGCCCCGGCGCAGAAAGGACACAUCACCGGAGGCUGUCGUCACGCGGAUCCGGAAGCUCUCCCGUUCCGGGAACCGAGACCCCCGCCCGGGAAGAGAGGUCGGCCGCGCCCUCCGAGACUCCCGAGGCGAGGAGGGCACAGUCCCCCAGAGUCGAGGAGCCCCCCAAGUCAAAGACGCCCGACUCUGCCCUCAAGCGGAGAGCCGCGGUCAAGAGCAACAGGAGCAACUCGUCGGCGUCGAAGCAGGGCACGUCGUCGUCGGCGGGCGGAUCGACCGCAGCCGGCAAGCAGAAGGACCUCAUCGGCAUGAUCCGGGAUGCCUUCCAGGGCGAGUCUACAGAGCUGAGGCACAGCCUCAGCUACCAGAGCCUCGAGGAGCGGCCGUACGGGGACGAAGGCGACCGCCCGACCUCGGGACACAGCAGCUCGCGGUCCAAGUCGCACCUGCAGCGCGAGGCCUCGACCAGCUCGGAUCUCAGCUACUCCACCACCAGCUCGGCCGCACAUUACCACUCGUCGCUGGCGCCGCCGCCGCUGGUGAUCCCCAAGAUGGCCGGCCCCCGAUUCCGACCGCCCACAAAGGGAAAUCACGAGCUCUCGACCAUCCUGUCCGAGGAGGUCUCGAGCGCCGUGAACUCGGACCGGACGGCGUCGGACGUCACGACGUCGACGCCGACCCAGUCCACCGUCCUCAGCAGGGACGGCGAACUUGCCAGGUCCAAGUCCAAGUCCAAGUCUUCAAAGGGCGACAGCCAUCAGGGCCGCGGCGGUGGUGCUGGCGGUGGUGGGGGGCUCAAGAGGCGGCUCACCAAGCACUCCGACCUCGUCUCCGUCCUGUCCGUGCCCGACAACGUGAGCAUCCCCGAGACCAUCAAGAACAGGCGGUCGAGACCGAGCCUGCGCAAGGCGCGGACGCACGGCGGCGGCGCCGUCGGCAGCAGGCCGUCGGCCGAGGAGCUCCUCAGGGAGUUCAGCGACGACGAGGGCCUCUACAUGAGGGAGCUCAAGACGCUGGUGGACGGCGUGGUGCCCGUGCUCCUCACGCACGUCGUCCACAGCGCGGAGGGCGGCAGGCCGGCCGCCGCCGACGACGACCUGUUCGGCUGGGAGGCCCGGCGGCUCGAUAGCCUGUCCAAGUCGGUGGUGGGCAUGGGCGUGGCGCUCGAGAAGCUGCGCAGCGCGCACAAGAAGGCCCCCCACCACGACCUCCGCCGGCUGGCCCACUGGGCGCACGGCGCCGUGGCCAUCUACAACGGCUACCUCGACUCGUGGCGCCUGGGCUUCCAGGACCUGAUCGUCAACCUGGCCCCCGCGCUGGGCGCCCGGCCCGACGACGACGACUCGUUGCUCGACGCCAUGCCGCUCGACGACAACGGCGACGUCGUCGACGAGUACGGCGAACGCGUCGACGUCGCCCACCUGCUCAAGCGGCCGCUCAUCCGCAUCAAGCACCUGGCCAGGCUGAUGGAGUGCGCCGACGCCAUCAUCGCCUCGGACGACACGCGCGAGCUCGUCAACGAUUUCCGGAACCUGCAGGACAAGGCCCGCCGCCGCCACAGGGAGGAGACGGCGCGCCUGGUCGACGAGGAGGCCACGGCCACGGACACGACGCGCUCGCGCGACCUGCGCACCCUGCGCCCCCUCGACGCCGUCACCAUCGACCCCCGCCGCCAGGUCAACGCGAAGGACCUCUUCUCUCUGGACCUGGCCCAUUCCAACGGCCAGCGUCUCGAGUGCCUGGUCGAGCUGGUCUACCGCGACAACACGGAAGACCCCGACGAUGCCGGCGACCUGCUCAUCCGCGAGACGGGUGGCGGCCGUGGCCGAGACGGCAGCGGCCGCAGCAGCGCAUCCUACCUCCUCUUCGCACCCAUCUCCGCCGCCCACGUAUCGGCACGCACGGGAGAGGGCAACCUGGACAUGGUUGUCAUGGUGCGCGGCAGCCACCGCGGCGGCCGGUGGCACGAGCUCCUCACCCUCACGUCCGACAGCGAGGACCAGAUCCUCGACUGGCUCGACAUCCUCCCCCUCACCCCCGUGCCGCCCAGGGACCCUGAGCCGAGCGUCAUCGAAGACGACGACGACGACUACCACCUCGGCAGCAGCAGACAGUACGGCACCCCGUCCCCGCGGCCCACCGACAUCCCCGUCGGUGCCAGGAGCAUCCGCGGCAGGAACCCGCGCGGCCAUAAGGCAAGCUCGCCUCCCACGACGCCGCCUCGCCUGACGAGGAAGGAGAGCGAGGAGCGGUCCCGCCGGGACAGGACGCCUACGCAGAGCGACUACCUCCCGUCGUCGCAGGACCCGGAGCGCAGCAGGCCGCUCAGCGAGGAUAUGCGGCCCGACCCGUCGAAGCUGGUCGAGAAGUCUUCCCCGUCGUCGCCCAAGCCGUUCCGCGAGGACGGAGCACCGCGCCCGCCGAUCCACAGAAACUUGCCUCCGGAGCCGCUGCCGUCGACGCCCAAGUCGACGCCCGUCAAGCCACCGAUCGAGCUCAAGGGCGACAGCGGGAAGGUCAGGCGUAGGACGUCGUCGCCGCUCAAGCACGAGUACCUGCCGUCUGACGUAUCGUCGGCGUCGGGUCUGUCCGGAGCAUCCGUCACCGACGACGCCGAGUACUCGUCCGACAUUGGCUCCCACUCCCACUCCCACUCCCGAUCCCAGUCUGACUCUGACGAUGACGAUGCCGUCGAUGACGAAGAUGACGACGACGACGACGACGACGACGACGACGACGACGACGACGAUCUAGAGAGCAUCGAUGACGUCCCCGAGACGGAGCUCGGAUUCAGCAUCAGGGACGAGCCGGAGUCGACAGAGAUGGGAGGCCCGACAUCCGGGGCCGGGUUCAGGGUCGGCUCCAUCAUGGCCGCGUCCGAGUGCAGCCUCACCCCGUCCAACUCGGCAUCCCAGGCCGGCUUCGGUCGUCCGUCAUCGCUGUCGGCCGUCGAGGGAGAGGAGCAGGAGGGCAGGGCGACACCGCCGACGCCGGUCGACACCACGUCGCGAUACAUGGCGUGGGUGUCGCGAUGGUCGGACAAGGGAGCGUGGAAGGACCUGGGUACGGACCCAUUCUUCGUCAUCGUCUCGCCCGGCCUCAUCGAGGUGCACAGCGUCCAGCCGGAGACGGCGGCGGCGGCGGCGGUCGAGGACUUCACCGGCAGUCAGCCCGUGCUGGCCAUGGACCUGACGCCGGUGGUCCUGAUCCGGCAGAGCACGACGGUGGACCUGGAGAUCCGAUCGUCGCUGCAGCGGCAUUGCAAGCUCGCGCAGUCGCACGCGGGCGGCAACUUCCGGUUCCGGAGCAGCAGCCAGCAGGACAGCUUCAGCAUGUACAUGUCCGUGCACCACGCGCGCCUCAACAACGAGAAGUUCAUGCAGCUGGAGAACGAGGCGCGGUUCCGCAGCUUCGGCGAGAACCGACCGGGCACGGGCACGUCCAGGGGCGACGGCGCGAGCGCGGGCGCAGGCCCGGACGACGGCAGCAGCAACGCCAACGCCAAGGGUCGACGACGCACCUGGUUCGGGCGCAGGAACAGCUACAGGGGAUCGGUGCGGGCGCCGACCGACAGGGCGAGCAGCGUGCCGUCGUCCAACGUGUCGGCCACGAGCUUCCUCAGGCGCCUGACGGUAGCGGGCAACCUGACGUUCAACCUGGCGCGGUCGUCGGUAGACAAGCAGUCUCGGCCGGGCAGCAUCCGAAACAGCCUGUACUCGGACUCUGCCAGCUCGCCGCGCUCGCCGUCCGUCAGCAUCGGGCCGUCUUCGGGAUCGGAUAGCGGCAGGCUCCCCAUGGAGCUGGGAGACGGACAGACGAUCCGCAUCAGGCUCCACCUCCUGGUGGCCUCGUCGUCCAAGUGGGAGGACCACGGCAACUGCGUGCUCCAGGUCCGCCGGCCGCCGCCCGGGUGGCACCAGGCCCUCAGGGCCGACCACGGGCUCGAGAAGCGCGUCACCGUCACGGCCUCGUCCAAGAAGGACAGGGACAAGGGCAGGCCGGCCCGGGUGAUGCUGGACGCCGUCCUGGGGAGCGGGUGCUUCUCGCCCAUGGGGAGCAGGGGCAUCGUCUGCGGCGUGUGGGAGGAGGUGAGGGACGACGACGGUGUGGUGGGCGGGGCGCCGGCCACGGGUCCGACGGGGGGUAAUGUCAAGAAGUGGUGCUUUCAGUUCGCGAGCGCCACCGAGGCCAGCUGGGUUCUCAGGAUGGUUCAUCAGGAGGUUUUCAGGGUAUGA